UUUGAUGUCUCGUCUCGUAUGUUUUUCAAGUGAACAUUAUGUUUUUAAAGUGUAGAAAAGAAAAAUCCAACGCGUCACAUGAUUAAAGAACCCGGAAAUACACUGUUCUGUGACGAGAUGGUUUUAACCUAUAUACAGUCUAUGGUUUUAACGGGAGUAGGCUACAGUAGAUAUAUAAUAAUACAGUAAUAAAGAACGUGCGUUUGUUGCUGCUUUCAUUGUUUGUGAACCCCAGAGUCCAGAUACUGAAGUCGUUGGUUUAAAGCUAAGCCGUCGAUCUGGCGAAAACACCAGCGUUUGUUUAAAUUCAUGGACAAAGAGAAGUGUGGCGACAAUCGUGCUCAGUGCUCCUGGAUGGAGAUGCAUCAGUUCAUUGGUGACCUUAUCACAUCUGGAAACGCCUUAAAGGAUCAGCCAGAUGUGCUGAACGCAGCAUGGGGUAUGCCACCACCACCAGUAGCUAUGGCUGCUGGUGGUGGUGGUGAGGCUCUGCGGUUCAAAGGUGCUUCACUUGAACCUCGACCUGCCCGGGACAAGCCUGAGGCAGAGGCAGGCCGACGGGUCCAGCCUGGGGCAUCACAGAGGAAGGGAGAGGCCAGAGACAGGAGAGAAGAUGUGCAUAGUGCCUGCACCUGCCCUGGCUGCCCUUACUCCACUUCUCUAACUUCCUUUGAGACUUUAAAACCCAGACAAUCUUUGUCCUCGCCCCCACGCUCGGAUACAGUAUGCCACCCCAAAGACCUUAGCUGUACUGCUCCAAUGAGUCUCAGCAUGUGCUUACCGGACACCACUGAACCAAGCAGCACCACAUCUGAGCUAGAGACCAGGGCGUCCAGCCGACCGCAGAGGGAGGAUGCAAACAGAGGGACUCAGAAACCAGACCGGGCUCCCGCUUCCAGAGCAUCCUCAGGCUCUUUGUCCCACCUCUCCAUGUUUCCCUGCUUGUGUUGCCAUCGCAGCCUACAAACCCAGAUACUGAGUCACCAGGAAGGCACAGACUCCCCGUUUUCUCACGCCCAUCAUUUUCAUCACCACCACUGUCCCAUAACGUCUUGUUUACCCUGCACUCAGCUUGCCCACUCUCAUGCUCCACAGCUCUCUGGCCCUUUUCCCUGCCUUCCUUGCCAGCACUCCUUUCCUACCUGUACCCAGGUCUGCCACCACCAGCACAGACAAACAGCCCCUCAGCAACAAGAGGAAAGCAGUAUGGCAGCUACGACCAUGCUGUCGCUCCAUCCCUGUAUGCACUGCUCUGCCUCUUUUUCCAGACCGUCCCAGUUGCUGCAACACCAGCGCUCUGAGCACGCUCACAAACCACCCGGCUUCCUCUGCACAGAGUGCGGUAGGGCCUUUAACUCGCACAGCAAUCUCCGCAUCCACCUCAAUGUGCACAGCGGUGCCCGGCCCUACUCAUGCUCUGACUGCGGGAAGAGUUUUAGCCAGUCGGGGGCUCUGAAGAUCCACAGGCGGAUUCACACAGGCGAAAGGCCAUAUUCCUGUGCAUUUUGCGGCAGGGGGUUUCCCCACCUGGCAGGGGUCCGGGCCCAUCAGAGGACCCACACAGGAGAGAAGCCCUACUGCUGUAGCCAGUGUGGCAAAUGUUUCACCCAGUCAGGAGCUCUUAAGAUCCAUAUGCGCAUCCACACAGGGGAGAGACCCUUCAUCUGCAGCUUCUGUGAGAAAGGCUUUUCCAACCGCUCCGGGAUCCGCUUCCACUACCGCACAGUCCACGGGAUUGCCCCUGAUCACGCUGGAGAAGGUGGAGCUGGGGAUGCAUAUCGGGGACCAGCAGGCCGUGGUUAUCCACCUGGGCGUCCCAGGACGUAUCCUCCAGCCAGCGUUGGGCUAAAUACACCUAACAGUCCAGAGAGUAAUUUGCACACAGCUCCAAAUUCCAGAGAGGGUUCUGUGUCGAUCGCUGCUCAUCACAAAUGUCAGUCAGAGGGAGCAAACCCAGGCAGCAACAGAGAGGGGCUUCUGUAUGCAUGCGAAGACUGUGGCCUGCGUUUUAAGGAUGCCCCGUCCCGGAACAGACAUCAGACUCUGAUGCACUACUCCUAUGAGGGAAGAGAGGAGGAGGAGGGGCAGAGGAAAGAGUCAGGGACAAACAAGGAGGUCCGCGAUAACAGUGCGGAGUGAAUUCAUGUUGUUGGUACAUUACAACAGGCUGAACAUAAACAACAUCAAAACACCGUAGUAAAACACUUUAAAAACCAGUGUUGAAAUAAUGUGUGUAAUAUAUUCUGUAGUUAGGUAUUGGUCUUUUCGAUUUGAUAUAGCACUCAACUUUUCGAGCUAUUAUAUAGACUUAAAUUACAAUGACAUAAUUAUAAGGAGAGAUUCUGUGUGUAUUAUAUUCAGAAGCCAAAUCAUGGCAGUUUUCAGAAAGUUUUUUUACAUUUAUGAUUUGAUAGAAGUUCAUACUUUGGAUUGAUUGACAUUUUUUUCUAUUAAUGAGGUACCCUGCUGCCUGUUUGUGCAGGUCCAUCACUGCUACAGGCUUCAAGUCUGUUUUAAAAACACCUUGCUGCUGCAAUCACACACCAGGCCAACUCCUAAAGUAUGGUAUCUUAAUGCAGUCGUUUUAUUGUGCCUUAUUCAGCAGUGAGCAAAUUCAUCGCUAAAUGUGACACCACAAAGCUUGUGAAAGCAUUUCUAGAAAUUAAAUGACAUUUUCGAGGGUCUUUUGGUAACAUUAUAGGACAUAUUAAUGGAGAACUACCACUGUCACCUGACCCUUAUUAUAUAAAUGCCUUGUAAUAGGAAAAAGUACAAUUUUCUAUCGUCUUUUCCUCCAAGUGUGAAAAACAGCAGUCAUAUUAGUUUAUUUAUGUUAAGUUCUUUAGUGAUUUAAUUUUAACUUGUAUUUUCCAUACAAUAAAAAAUCCAUUGGCCUUUCCAAGGCAUAGACAAUUAAGUAAAAGUAUGGAAUACAGAGUUAGGUAGAUUUAAGUUGUUGUACAGUACCUAAAGCCUAACAAAUAACAAGGCCACGUACUGGAAUAGUUUUAAUGUAAAGGUUUUGUGUCUUGUUCGAGGACAUGCAUUGCGGUAUGUUCAAUGACCGGGGCUUUCGUCAGUGUAGAUGAAAGUCCUCCAUCCUAAUCACGACACCACCUCGCCUGUUGUGCCUUUCUGUGUUAUAUUACACUCCAAGCAUUUAUUUAAAAA